AUGGUUUCCAACAUCAUCACUGUCUUGGCUCUCGCCUCUGCUGUUGUAGCACACCCUCAGCGUCAUAGACCAUGGCAGCACUGGGGAACUGAUAGACUCUCAGCUGCUGCGGCUGGCAGUCCCACAGAUGCUCCAGUUGCUGGAAAUGGUCAGAACAAUGGCAGCAACUUCGCCGGCAGUCCAGCUGAAUCCCCCUCGGUAACGGAUGUCAGAACUGUCACCGUCCAACCCAUCCCUGUUGCAUCAGCUGAUGCUCCGGGCUUGUCGAGCAUCAAAGCUCCGGCUGCUGUUGGCCCUGUCGAACAAGAUUCAUCAACAUGUAUCACAUCGACUCUUACUGCCACCACCGUUGAACUCGUUACCGUCACUGCAGGGCUUGCUCCACAACAGACAGUCUCAUCGGUUGUCAGCAACAACCUCGCUCAACUGGCUCCCGAGACUUCGGUCAGCCUCGAAGCUGCUUCCGUUACUGCUGGUGCUUUCUACAACAGACCUACCUAUGGUGGCGGUGAUAACACCUGGAAUAACGGAGGUGGUGUUCCCUCAUCUGCGGCCCCCGCUGUGCCAACCACAUUCGCGACUGCUGUAAGCUCAGCGCCUCCCGCUGGUGCUUCAUCUGCUGCUCCAGUCUCCAGCUCUGUUCCUCCCAGCACUGGCGGUGGUGGCGGCGGCUCAUCCAGUGGUGGCAAGAAGGGUCUAUCCUACAACGAUGCCUCCCUGACCAACGCAUUCGCAGGCAAAGGCAUCAGCUGGGCCUACAACUGGGCUGCUGGUCCAGGUGGCAGCAUUCUCCCUGGCGUAGAAUUCGUGCCCAUGCUGUGGGGCGAGAAGUCAGUCAGCGCAUGGGCUGGUGCAGCUGCGUCGGCUAUCGCUGCCGGCGCAAAGCACGCUCUGUCGUUGAACGAACCCGACCACACGGAACAAGCAAACUUGGAUCCCCAGACGGCGGCCAAAGUACAUAUUGCGAACAUGAAUCCUCUUGCCGGCCAGGUUUCCAUCGGGUCACCGGCUGUGACCAACGGAGCAGCACCAAUGGGAAUUGCCUGGCUCCAGAAUUUCUUUGAUGCCUGUGGCGGCCAAUGCAAGGUCGACUUUGUCACCUUCCACUGGUAUGACUCGGCGAGCAACUUUGCCUAUUUCCAGAAGCACGUCCAAGAUGUCAUCUCACUUGCGGCAGCCAACGGUGUUAGCAAAGUUUGGCUCACUGAAUACGGAGCCACUGGCUCUGACUCAGAUGUUGCCAGCUUCAUCAAACAGUCCACUGCAUUCCUCGACUCUACACCCGCUGUCGAACGCUAUGCCUACUUCAUGGUUCAAAAUGGAAUCCUGACCAACGGCAACAGCCUUUCUUCUCUCGGUACCGCAUACACAAGCUAA